GAAAGCAUAAAAGCAAUUCAAAAUUUAAAAGGGUCCAAAAUGUUAAUGGAGGGGUAAAAACCUAAAAAGUGUGACUGCAUAGAGUAAACAGAACCAUGGUUGCCUAUGGGCUCGAGGCCCAGCUAAGAAAAGGAAAAGAAAGAGGAAAGGGGGGGGGGNGCCAGGAUAAGAAACAAGGGUGCUAAAACUCUUUGUUAGAGUUUUCAGAAGUGUUAAUGGGCUUAAGGCCCAACAAAAACGCAGCAGCAUGUGAAUGAAAGUUGGGGGUGUGAACGUGAGAAAAUGGGGUGCGAAUUAGAAAGGAGUUUUUUUCCUUGUGUUGCCUGACGCUGGCCCAGGGCCCUCUUUCUGCUUUCUAACCUAGAGUUCCUUAGGGGUUGUGCUUCCUGCAUCUCAUUUCAAUACUUUCACUCAAAGCCAAGAGACCCAGGGUCUCUUCUCCGAGCAAGCAAACCAGGUCUGCAUCCCCUGCGCGUGCCGCUGGCUCCUCGGACCAGCCACCAUGUCGGCCUUCCCGCUCCGACCAAGGCGUCGUCGGCGGCCAAACGUUGCCGGAGCUGCCGCCAGCCGUGACGCAAAAUCCCUCUUUUCCUUUCCUCACGCGAGAACAGGGGAGUGUCGUAUUUCUCUCCUUCAACUGACCACCACCGAGAUCCUCCGCCGUCGCGAGCCGCCGUCACAACAACCCUUCGUCGGACCACCACCGCGAGCAACCACCGUGUCUUCGGAAGCCAAUGCGGACUCCAGCCGCACAGCCACGACCAUCACCUCGGAAAGGAGGAAUCAGAGGAGCUUAAGUAGAUUUGAUUUGUUGGUUCUGUUUGGUACAGGGGAAAGAUGGUUUCCGAUUGAGGGUAGCUACAGCNCAUACUGCUGCCUAGAUGGAGGGGAAACUGUCGAUUGCUAGAUGCGCAAAAACCACUUCUAUUCUUUUUGUCUUUUGCAUAAGAGCUGAUACGAAAAUGUAUCAGUUUUUGCUUCUGUUUGCAUUUUGUUAUGUGUUUUCUGGGUGGAAGGAAAUGGACAUUGAAGUCACGAUGGGUGUAUUUUGAUUAACAGAUGAAGUCACAGAA